ACCAUGGCUCUGGGCUCGGUGGGGCAGCUCAGGCAGGGCUGUGAGGCCUGUCCCCAAGGCCUGCCCCCGCACACCCCCGCCGCCUCCCAUCUGCCCCGUGGGCUGCUUAUCGGGUAACCGGAGCCGGCAGCUGCGUCCACACCUGAAACAGGAAGCCUGGGCCUGUGCGUGAAGCCCAAGAGCCCGCCGGGUGGCCGGGCCGGAGGAUGGAGGAGCAGCGGGCGCUCGCGGCCGCCAAGGACGGGGACCUGGCCACCCUGGAGCAGCUGCUGGAGGCCGGCGCCCUGGGCCCAGGCAUCGUGGAUGCCGUGGGGGCGGGCCUGGUGCACCACGCCACCCGGGCCGGCCGCCUGGCCUGUGUCAAGUUCCUGGUGCAGCGUGCCAAGCUGCCCGGCAACCAGCGGGCCCACAACGGGGCCACCCCCGUGCACGACGCCGCGGCCACCGGCAGCCUGGCUGAGCUGUGCUGGCUAGUGCGUGAGGGGGGCUGCGGUCUGCAGGACCAGGAUGCCUCGGGUGUCUCCCCGCUGCACCUGGCCGCCCGCUUUGCUCACCCAGUGCUGGUGGACUGGCUGCUCCACGAGGGCCACUCGGCCACGCUGCAGACGCUGGAGGGGGCCCUGCCGCUGCACCACGCCGCCGUCAGCGGGGACUUGACCUGCCUGAAGCUCCUGACGGCCGCCCACAGCAGCAGCGUGAACCGGAGGACACGCAGCGGCGCCUCCCCUCUCUACCUGGCCUGCCAGGAGGGCCACCUGCACCUGGCCCAGUUCCUGGUGAAGGACUGCGGGGCCGACGUGCACCUGCGUGCCCUGGAUGGCAUGAGCGCGCUGCACGCCGCUGCCGCCCGCGGCCACUACUCCCUGGUCGUCUGGCUGGUCACCUUCACUGACAUUGGCCUGACGGCUCGGGACAACGAGGGGGCCACGGCCCUCCACUUCGCAGCGCGAGGCGGCCACACGCCCAUCCUGGACCGGCUGCUGCUGAUGGGGGCUCCCGUCACGAGGGACUCCUGGGGCGGGACGCCCCUGCACGACGCCGCGGAGAACGGACAGAUGGAGUGCUGCCAGACCCUCGUCUCCCACCACGUGGACCCCUCCCUGAGGGAUGAAGACGGCUACACGGCGGCGGAUCUGGCCGAGUACCACGGGCACCCGGACUGCGCCCAGUACCUGCGGGAGGUGGCCAAGCCCGUGCCGCUCCUGAUGACGCCCCCACCCCCACCAUUUCCCCCGCCUCCUCUGUCGGCUGCCAGACGCUCCCCAGAGGAUGGGAGAAGGGGCUCAGGUCUCGGAAGCCCCACCUCGUCUCUCGGCGCGGCCUGGCCUGGCCAGCCGGACCGACCUCUCCGGAGGGAGCAGAUGAGCCUCGCGGUCCCCCUGGCGGCCACUGCCAGCACGAUGGCGGUCCCUGUGGGGGCAGAGAUGGCAGCGGGGAAUGCCCCAGAGGGGCUGGCCACACUGCAGCUGGACGGACUGCCCUCCGGUGACCUGGACGGGCUGGUGCCCACGCGGGAUGAGCGCGGCCGGCCCAUCCCCGAGUGGAAGCGGCAGGUGAUGGUGCGGAAGCUGCAGGCGCGCCUGGGCUCAGACCUCGUGGAGGAUGCUCAGGAUGACAGGGGGAGCGCGGGCCCCGUGGAGCCCGCCGCCUGGCGGUACUCACAGACCCACCAGGCCAUCCUGGGCCCCUUCGGGGAGCUGCUGACCGAGGACGACCUGGUGCAGCUGGAGAAGCAGAUCGCCGACCUGCAGCUGCGAAGGCGCUGCCAGGAGUACGAGAGCCAGCUGGGCCGGCUGGCGGCCGAGCUGCAGGCCCUGCUGCCCGAGCCCCUGGUCAGCAUCACCGUCAACAGCCACUUCCUGCCCCGGGCGCCUGAGCUAGAGGGCGCGGAGGCCCCGAGCCCAGUGCCGGAGCCGGACGGCUCCCAAGGGGCCGUGGAGGCCGCGCCCUGCGGGCAGCCCCUGCCCUUCUGGUGCAGCCACGUGGCCCGGCUGGUGCGGAGCCUGUCGCUGCUGCUGAAGGGCAUGAACGGGCUGGUGCAGGGCGAGGAGAAGCCAGCUGCCCAACCCCUGCAGCAGGCCCGCCGGGAGGCCCCAGCCAGCGCCCCGCAGAGCGAGGCCCAGCGCGAGAUCCAGGAGUGCGGGGUGUCCGUGCGGACACUGCGUGGCAACUUCGAGUCGGCCCCCGGCCUGCCCUACGCCUCAAACCUGGGGCCCUGUGAGGCGGGAGCCCAGCCGGGGCAGUGCCCGCGAGGCUGCUGGCCGGCCCCGCCGCAGCCCCGGGGUGGCCUGAUCGGAGGGGAGCCUGGGCCGGGUGACACGGAGGAGGCCAGCGACUCAGGCAUCAGCUGCGAGGAGGCACUGUCGGAACCAGGCGCGGGGCACAGCCCCGACCUGGCCAACCUGCGGAAGGAGCGGAUAGUCAUGCUCUUCCUCAGCCACUGGAAGAAGUCCGCCUACACGCCCGCCCUCAAGACGGCCGCCUGCAGGACCCUGGAGGCCCGCCGCACGGGGCCCCAGGUGCAGGAAGCGGCCAGGGUUCCGGCGCCACCCUCCCCACUGCCCAGCGAGGGCCCCCGGCUCGGCCACCUGUGGCAGCAGCGGAGCAUCAUCGCGCACCUGCUGGGCACCUGGAAGGCCGUCCUGGCGCACGUGCCGGCCCGGCAGCUGCGGAGGCUGAGCCGGCGGCCCCGCGGCCUCCUGUCCCCGGAGCAGUUCCUGCCCCACGUGGACGGGGCGCCUGUGCCCUACGGCAGCCUCACGCUGGACCUCUUCAUGCUGGGCUACUUCCAGCUCCUGGAGUGCGACCUGCCCGCGGAGGAGCGGAAGACACGCCACCUGCUCUGCUUCGAGGUCUUUGAGCACCUGGGCACCCACGGCUGGGAGGCCGUGCGGGCCUUUCACAAGGCCGUGACCGACGAGGUGGCCGCCGGCCGCCGCGCCUGGACCGACGGCUUCGAGGACAUCAAAGCCCGCUUCUUCGGCCCCCACCGCGGCCCCGCCUGGGACAGGGAGCCAGGCCACAAGUCAGAUCUGAGCCCGCUCGGGCCCCGGCCCCCCACUGCUGCCCCCAGCGGCGGCCCAGAGCCCGCGGCACAGCAGCUGGGGCCCAGCUCCCAAAGGGGCAGCUUCAACAGCGAGGACAUCUGUGGCUACAUCGACCGCAGCUUCGCCUUCUGGAAGGAGAAAGAAGCCGAGAUGUUCAGCUUUGGAGACUGAGGCGGGCGGGCAGCCCCCUCUGGAGGGGCCUGGGGGGUUGGAAUUUCUCCUCUUUUGUGCUUUCUCGCCCACCUGGUGGCCAGGUGAACCCACGGCCGGCAGACACGGCACGCUCACCGGGCCCCUGUCCUGCCCUGGCCCCGACAGGGGUGCUCGGGUCUGGGCUCAGGCUCAGCACCCUGCUCACCACCAAAUCCAGGGGGCUCCCUGAGCUCUCUUUCAGCCCUGAAUCGAUGACCCGCCAUCCCAGCCCCAGGUCCCUCUGCCCACUCGUCCCCAGGCCCCGGGCAUGCCACCCCCAGCUUUCCAUGGGCCCUCCUUUCAGCACCUGGUGUCCUGUCCCCCAGCUUCUCUGGCGCUGUGGCCCUGGCCAUGUCCAGAGCCUCUGCCUGCCCUGCGUGGGCAUGUGUGUCCUGCCUCGGUUUCUGCCAGUGACCUCAGGCCUUGUCCCUCCACCUCCCCCGGCCUCUCUUUCCCCAUCUGUGAAAUGGGAGCAGAGCUGGGAGUUGGAGAGAAUGGGAUUCCACGGCCUUACUGUCAGACAGACCCGCCCUCUGGGCCAGGGAAGUGGUCCGCACAGACUCGCAAACCGGUCACACGCAGUCACCUGCUGAUACGCACGUGCCCACCCACAGUGUUCCCGGGGACCUAGUCCCAAAGAGAAGCGCCCUAGGGGCUUCCUGCCCCCGCUGGACAGCCCCUCCCAGGCUCCUUCUGUGGGCUCAUUGUCCUGGGGGGGGGGGCGUCUGUGACAGGGGCAGUGGCUGGAAGGGGUAGUGGCUGGAAGGGGCUCUGAGCGAGGGGACCCUCAAAGGUGAGCUGCAGGCCCCAGAGAACUUGUGGCAGAGGUGGGGGCACACUAGCCAGACCCUGGUCACUGGAUGUCACCCACAGCCUUCUCUGUGAGGGAACGAGGAAAUGAGAUGGCUGCGUCCCCAGGGAGCCUCCAGUGCUGCAGCGCUCUCAAGGGCAGGUGGGGGGGGGACAGAGCCCAGGGCAGCUGGGGUGGGUCCCCCCAGCUGGGGGUUGGCCCAGGGGACUUUGGCAGAGGGUGUCCUGUAGCUGCACAGUGGCCCCAACAGGCAGUGUGUUGGGAGGGGGCCUCGGGACCAUGCUGUGGCCACCACGUCCCUGCAGCCAGGCCCCUCUUGACAGGCAUUCUGCGCAGCCGGUGGGGAGGGCAGCAGGCCAGCUGUUGGGUGGCCCGGAGCCCCCCAGCCAGCCCCUCGGAGCCCCACAGGGAGGCAUCAAGUCGGGGUGCUGGGCGCCAAGGCCGCCAGGCCCGUAAUGGAGGACGGGGGGUUGCUGAAUAAAGACUCUGGAUCCUG